AUGGUUGCCGUGUCCGCGUUCGUGUCUUUUCUGUCGUUGGCAGCGUCGGCCGUGUCGGCCUUCCAAUGCCAAUCUGCUCCCGUGAUCGGGGCCGACGAGCUGGUGCUGCUGACUUCCAAUGUGAACAUUCCAUUCUCGUACCAACUGAACCGCCCAGACGCGGCGUACCUGUCGCUCCACUUUGCCUCGGUCAACAUCCCUGUGGGGGGAUUGCUCACCAUCAGCUCCCCCGACGGCUCGCAAUUCCACGAGUACACGAACGUGACGCAAACCAACUUUUACGCCGAGUUCAUCGACGGGGACAGUGCGUUUAUUACGUACACCCCUCCUCGUUCUACUUCUUCUUCGAUCGACUCGUUGCUCGCAAACGACGCCCCGAACGCGUUUUUGAUUGACAAGUUCGCCCAUGGGUUCCCCAAAGUUGACCUAGACGGCCAAGUGGAAGCAAUUUGCGGCAAGGAUGACUCCCAGUCGGCCGUGUGCUUGAAGUCGUCGGACGCCCCCAAGUACCAAAAGGCGCAGGCCGUGGCCCUGCUCCGUAUCAACGGCGGGUCCGUUUGCACGGGCUGGCUGUUUGGGUCGGAAGGCCACUUGAUCACCAACAACCACUGCAUCGGCAACGCCAACGAUGCGUCCAACACCCAGUUUGAAUUUGGGGCCGAAUGCACGACCUGUGAGACCGUCCCCGGGAGGACCUGCAAGGGGGUGACGGUGGCCACGUCGUCCGAGUUGGUGUACACGAACCCGGCCAACGACUUUACGCUGGUCAAGCUCAAGCUCGCCAACGGCGUGUCCUUGGACUCGUAUGGGUACCUCCAAGCCCGCGCGUCCGGCCCUGUGUUGGGGGAACCCAUUUACAUCCCCCAACACCCCGCGGGCAAGCCCAAGCGCAUUGCCACGAUCGUCGACUCAGGCGCUGUCGGCACCAUCGAAAGCAUCAGCAUUCCGUCGUGUGUGGCGGACGAAGUCGGGUACACCCUUGACACGGAACGCGGGUCGUCUGGGUCGCCCGUUUUGAGUGCCAAGGACAACGCCGUGGUGGCCCUGCACAACUGCGGGGGGUGCCUCAACGGCGGCGUCAAGAUUAACAACGUGAUCAAGGACCUCACGGCAGCCAAUUUGGUGCCCAAAGACGCGUUGGCCGGUGGCUCCACUUCGGCCCCGAUCACCACCUCUGUUACACCUGUGACGACGUCUGUGGCUCCUGUGACGACGUCUGUGACUCCUGCGACGUCUAAAUCCCCUAUGACGUCAAUUAAACCCGUGACGACCAAAGCCCCCAAGCCUUCGACGACCAAAGCCCCUGUGACGCCGACAACGUCAGCUCCCGUUGGGGGAGACUGCACUGAAUGCAAGGGAUGCUACACCAAGUUGUUGGGUGCGUGCUUUCCAAACGGGUUCACUGAAGCACAAUGCGUGUCGUUUACUGUGUUUCAAACGACUUGGUGUGGCAACUAAAACAGGGUCCGACAGAGUCGCCAGAAUAAUAUAUGUGCCGUGUACUGGA